AUGGCGGACAGCAGCCACCGAGGGAACAGCUCAUCCCUUGGGCGGCUGGAGAAGUCAAAGUUUGCAGUGGCGGCGAAGAAUUCAAUUGUAGAAGCGUUAGGCAAUCGCCGGUUAAGCAAAUUCACGAGAACAGGGCAAGGAUGUGUCUUGGGUUUCAAAGACACCAUAGAAAAUCCUUCAUUUGAAGAGCUGGUUUCCAUUUACUGCCGCUGCCGGCGUAUUAACACUACUUUAUCCAACUUCAACUUUUUUCUUGCUUUGUCAUAUUUUAAAAUGGCAGCAAUAGCCCAGGGUGUAUAUGCUAGAUAUCUCAUUGGAAAUGCUUCUGCAGAGAAUAGUCAUGAAUUUGCUAAGGUUGUGAAGCCUUUGGCAGAGAGAGGGUUAGAGCUCUCAAAAAGGUCAUCUUUCAGCAGCACACAGCACAUUUCUGGAGAGCUCUUCCACCAAAGUAGGAAAGGCCAAGAGAUUUUGCUGAAGGUCAAGCAGUUCAUGAAGCAGCACAUUUAUCCAGCUGAGAAGGAAAUAAUAAAAUACUAUACCGAACAUGGAAAUACUGAGGAAAAAUGGAAGAAACCACCACUGCUUGAGAAACUGAAGGAAAUGGCAAAAGCAGAAGGUCUGUGGAACCUUUUUCUUCCAGAUGUCAGUGGUCUCAGCCAGCUUGACUACGCCCUAAUAGCUGAGGAGACAGGGAAAUGCCUCAUUGCUCCUGAGGUUUUUAACUGUCAUGCACCAGACACUGGAAACAUGGAGGUCCUCCACAUGUAUGGGACUGAAGAACAAAAGAAAGAGUGGCUGGAGCCUCUCCUAGAAGGGAAGAUUAGUUCUUGCUUCUGCAUGACAGAACCUGAUGUGGCUUCAAGUGAUGCCACCAAUAUGCAAUGCAGCAUUGAGCGAGACGGAAACAGUUAUGUGAUCAAUGGCAAGAAGUGGUGGAGCAGUGGUGCUGGAAACCCAAAUUGCAAAGUUGCAAUUGUAAUGGGCAAAACCAAAAACUCCUCAGCAUCCAGGUACAAGCAGCACAGUAUGAUUCUUGUUCCCAUGGACACUCCAGGGCUGAAGCUGAUAAGACCCCUCUCAGUGUUUGGCUAUCUGGAUGAGAUCCAUGGAGGACAUUUUGAGAUACACUUCAACGAUGUGCGAGUGCCUGUCUCCAACAUAAUCCUGGGUGAGGGCAGGGGGUUUGAGAUAGCUCAAGGUCGGCUCGGGCCAGGCCGGAUUCACCACUGCAUGAGGUCCCUCGGUGCGGCUGAAGCUGCUUUAGAGAUAAUGUGCCAGCGCUCUGCACAGAGGGAGACUUUCGGGAAGAAGCUGUAUCAGCAUGAAGUUGUUGCCCACUGGAUUGCCGAAUGCCGCCUCAGCAUAGAACAGGCUCGUCUGCUCACACUGAAAACAGCCAGGAAGAUUGACAUGUUGGGCAACAGAAAAGCAAGAAAGGAGGUAGCCAUGACCAAAGUGGUUGUUCCACGAGCUGUGCUUAAAGUGAUUGACUGUGCAGUGCAAGUGUGCGGUGGAGGUGGAGUUUCUCAGGAUUUUCCUUUGGCUUUUAUGUUUGCUUAUAUCCGGACCUUGCGCCUGGCAGAUGGGCCUGAUGAAGUUCAUCUCUCAACAAUUGCAAGGUGGGAACUGCUUGACCAGUCAAAGAAGCUCACUGCAAAAAUCUAACGGCGCAUAGAGCCUUCUCAAAUGGAAUGGAAAAUUUAGGAAAGGGUUUUUUUCCAGUUGUUUAAGGUAAAAUUGAAUGAAUACAAAAACUUGAAGCAAUUCUUCUCUCACUCUUUACUUAUAAUCAUUACACUUUAGAAUCAUGGGCUUGGUUUUAAGAAUUAGCAGAAUGGUAUCUAAAUAACAACUUAUGUGGGUUCUUUGUAACACUAAAUAAAAUCUGUUUUCUAAUAGGCCUAAA